AUGCAGUUCCAACAACCAGGGAGGGAGGUGCCGGUGAGAAAAGGAAAUAUGAUUUCAUCGCAAAGAGAUGGACAGGAUUGGUGGAAAAUUGAACCCAAAUACUCUAAUAAAGUUCUCAUUGGAAACUGGCUGGAAGAGAGGAAAAGGUUUACAAAAGACACCGGGAAACUCGGCAGCAGCAUAUACAAAACAGACUUCAUUUGUUUGCGAGAUCACAAACCAGACCAAACACUAAGGAGAACCAUGACGGAAAAAUUUGAGGGCCUGCCAAUGCAGCACUUCUUCACCCAUCAUGAGGAGCCAAGAAGCCGAAAUCUAGUAUCGGAGUAUGACGAUAAAUACAAUAGACGAGGUUAUAACCUUGUGCUGCUUCCCCUCUGCAGCUGGGAUGGACAGAAGUUUGCCUGGAUUCCUCUGAAAUCAGAUUUCCCCAUUCUUGAACCACCCACCAAUUAUGGCCUUCUUGAGCACCUGAAGAAAAAAUGGCACAAGGAAGAAGCUGGAGUGAUGAACAGUGUCUACACCAUUUCCUAUGAAAGCCCACCGAUUUCUGCUUUUGCUACUUCUCAACUGAGACAAUCAGCUAAACUCCCAUCCAACCAGGGACAUCUUCCCCAAAACGUUAGUAGAAUCCUGGACUAUGAAAGGGGUCAGAAAUAUCUGCAAGCCAUCGGCCAACUAGUGAGAGACAGAAAAGCAUGGGAUGCCUCUGUGUAA